CUUUUGCAUUUCGACAUUUGUACUCCUUUUUAUUCCUUUUUAUUUGUUUCUUUGAGCAUUUAAGCGCAGAUUUUUCAAACGCUGUAAUCUGGCUUGCUUUUCACACACACCUUUACAACCAUGGGCAACUGGUUCAGCACGUUAUUCAAUAAACUCACUGGCGGCGAGAGGGAGGUACGUAUUCUAAUUCUGGGUCUGGACGGGGCCGGAAAAACCACAAUCCUAUACCGGCUGCAAAUUGGCGAAGUAGUAUCGACAAUCCCAACAAUUGGGUUCAAUGUGGAAACAGUGACGUACAAGAACAUCAAGUUCCAAGUGUGGGAUCUCGGCGGACAAACCAGUAUCCGGCCAUACUGGAGGUGCUACUACGCGAACACGGACGCAGUCAUCUACGUAGUUGAUAGCUGCGAUAGGGACCGGAUAGGCACAUCGAGGGAUGAGCUGGCGUCUAUGCUGAGCGAGGACGAAUUGAAACAGGCGGUGCUUCUGGUUGCUGCUGAGGUGUCGGAUGCCCUGGACUUGCCCAAGCUGAAGAACAGGCAGUGGGGCAUUUAUAAGACCAGUGCGCUUAAGGGCGAGGGAUUGGACGUUGGGCUGGACUGGCUGGUCAAUGCCAUUGACCGAAAGUAAAUCUUAAUUUUUGUCUUUAGAAUCCGCCUUUUUACUAUUGCACGCACGAGAGCCAGAGAGCACACUUCCAUUUCAAUAAUUAUCAGUGACUGGUUUUUCCUUUAUUUUCCUCCCUCCUUGCUUGAAAAGCAAUCUUUUUUACAAGCGGGAUUUGCAGGAUCCGUAAGUGGUAGCAUGAGGAAAGGUAGUCACGCAUUGUGACUUUUAUUUUUAUUUUAUUUUAUUGCUCGGUGUGGCCAUUCCAUCCUCCGGCCUUGAAUUGCUCCUGAAGGGAUUGUCUGCG